GGCCACGGCUGGGCUGCGUCUCAACCGAGCUUGGUCCUUUCCUUUGGUCCCGCCCCGCUGCUCAGCGCGGAUUGGUGGCGGGGUACAAAUCUGGCGCUGAUUGGGCGGCGGUAGAGUCGCUCGUGAAGACUGUACGGUUCGGGUCCUCUAGAGUGCUAAAUUUAUCUUCAGACCAGCGACCGCGCCAGCCGCGAAUCGGAUAUCUAUGGAGAUGGCCUAGGCGGUAUCCCUGAGCUGAGAGCAUCACCCUGUCCCCGAAUCCUCCGUUUCUCUGUUUUGUUUUUCAUUCCCCUCCCCCUCCAGUCCACGACGACUGGCUGUUGACCCUGUUCAGGCCUCGGUGAAGGCUUUUGGUUACUCCCCUUCCCACCCCAUUCCUUAAUUUUAUUCUUUUGAAGAGUGCAUUUCAAGCUGCCAAGGUGGAGAGAGGGAUUACAGAAAGGAGAACACCUUAUUUCAGCUUUUAUUUUUAUGUGAUAAUCUACCUUUAAGAAAAGGUGUACCAUACCUGAGAGCACCAGGAAGUCGCAUGAGAGAUCACCUGAUACAUGAACGUAUGAUGUUCCAUCUGCGCAUUGAUGGAUAGGCAGCGUUUAGAAAUUAACUGAUGUGUUGCUGUAUAUCAUCUCUUUGAUGAUUGCUCGUCUUCUUUGUAUCCUGUCUUAAAGUUUCAUCACAUUUGCGAUACUCAAUGUCUGUUCUAAAUUAACCAUGUUUUGUACCACAAACUCAUUGUCCAUGGAUCUGUUGCUGAAACAAGGGAGUCUUAAACAAGAAGUGGAAUCUUUCUGUUAUCAGAUUGUGUCUGAAUCAAAUGAUCAGAAGGUUGGGAUAUUACAAAGUGAAGAUAAACAGCUGCAACCUUCAGUUUCUAAAAAAUCAGAAGGUGAGCUUUCCAGGAUCAAAUUUAUAUCCAAUUCCAACAAAAUAACAUUUAGUAAAAAACCAAAAAGAAGAAAAUAUGAUGAAAGUUAUUUGUCUUUUGGAUUUACUUACUUCGGGAAUAGAGAUGCACCUCAUGCUCAGUGUGUAUUAUGUAAGAAAAUUUUAUCGAAUAGCUCUUUAGCCCCUAGUAAGCUUCGAAGACAUUUGGAAACUAAGCAUGCUGCAUAUAAAGACAAAGACAUAAGCUUUUUCAAGCAACAUCUUGAUUCACCUGAAAAUAAUAAACCCCCAACACCUAAAAUUGUGAAUACAGAUAAUGAAAGUGCUACAGAAGCAUCAUACAAUGUAAGUUACCAUAUAGCAUUGAGUGGAGAGGCUCAUACUAUUGGAGAAUUGCUUAUCAAACCUUGUGCAAAAGAUGUAGUGAUGCGGAUGUUUGAUGAACAAUAUAGUAAAAAGAUAGAUGCAGUACAGCUAUCAAACAGUACUGUUGCACGUCGAAUUAAGGAUCUAGCUGCUGACAUUGAAGAAGAGCUUGUUUGUAGACUGAAAAUUUGUGAUGGGUUUUCACUGCAACUAGAUGAAUCAGCUGAUGUUUCAGGACUUGCUGUGCUGCUUGUGUUUGUUCGUUAUAGGUUUAAUAAGUCUAUUGAGGAAGACCUACUCCUGUGUGAAUCUUUGCAAAGUAAUGCUACCGGUGAAGAAAUAUUCAACUGUAUCAACAGUUUUAUGCAGAAACAUGAAAUUGAAUGGGAAAAAUGUGUUGAUGUUUGUAGUGAUGCUUCUAGGGCAAUGGAUGGGAAAAUUGCCGAGGCUGUCACCUUAAUAAAAUAUGUGGCUCCCGAAAGCACCAGUAGUCACUGCCUAUUAUAUAGACAUGCACUAGCAGUUAAAAUAAUGCCUACAUCUCUAAAAAAUGUGCUAGACCAGGCAGUACAAAUCAUCAAUUAUAUUAAAGCUCGACCACAUCAAUCCAGACUAUUAAAAAUUUUAUGUGAGGAAAUGGGUGCUCAGCACACAGCACUUCUUCUAAAUACAGAGGUGAGGUGGCUUUCUCGAGGUAAAGUUCUUGUAAGACUUUUUGAACUUCGUCGUGAACUUUUGGUUUUCAUGGAUUCUGCUUUUCGACUAUCUGAUUGUUUAACAAAUUCGUCUUGGCUGCUAAGACUUGCGUAUCUUGCAGAUAUUUUUACUAAAUUAAAUGAAGUUAAUUUGUCAAUGCAAGGAAAAAAUGUGACGGUUUUUACAGUAUUUGAUAAAAUGUCGUCAUUGUUAAGAAAGUUGGAAUUUUGGGCCUCAUCUGUAGAAGAAGAAAACUUUGAUUGUUUUCCCACACUCGGUGAUUUUUUGACUGAAAUUAAUUCUACAGUUGAUAAAGAUAUUUGCAGUGCCAUUGUGCAGCACCUAAGGGGUUUGCGCUCUACUCUGUUAAAAUACUUUCCUGUAACAAAUGACAAUAAUGCUUGGGUUAGAAAUCCAUUUACAGUUACUGUUAAACCAGUUUCAUUAGUAGCACGGGACUAUGAGAGCCUGAUUGAUUUAACAUCUGAUUCUCAAGUGAAACAGAAUUUCAGUGAACUUUCAUUAAAUGAUUUUUGGAGUAGCCUAAUUCAGGAAUACCCAAGCAUUGCAAGGCGUGCAGUGCGUGUACUUCUUCCUUUUGCUACAAUGCACCUGUGUGAAACGGGGUUUUCAUAUUACGCUGCAACAAAAACAAAAUAUAGGAAAAGACUUGAUGCUGCACCUCAUAUGCGAAUCCGACUUAGCAACAUUACACCUAAUAUUAAGCGGAUAUGUGAUAAAAAAACACAAAAACACUGUUCUCAUUAAAAUUGGAGGAGUUUGCAUGUCUCAUGAUAACCAAAUGUAAGAUGAAAAUAAAAGAUGAUUUACUUCA